AAUGUAUCGUGUGCUUUUGAAUGUGUCGGACGUUGUGAGCGCGCUCAAACACAAAAUAAAUUUUAAAUUAUAACGAAAAAUACAAACGAAAAUAUUAAAUUAAGUAUAAAAUAUUUAAGUUAUUACUGGAUAAGUUUUGAAGUUGCAAAAGUGAGUUAUUUUGCUUAAUUAAAUAAGCUAAACGGGAAAUUAACGGGAUUAAACGCAUUACACAUAUUUUUUGUUGUGAUCUUUGCUUGCCAAAAAAGGAAUUACGAAAGCUUUUACUUGCAAAAAAAUUUGAAGUCAGGAUUUCAAACCGGAUUAAAAUUAUUUAUAAAAAUUGAAAAUAAAAAUGAAACAAAUAAAUGAGAAAAUCGAUCCUUUAAUGCGCAUUCAAGAGGAAAUUAAGGAAGUUGUACGACGUGAAGAAGAACACCGACAACUUACUUCCACUAUGGGUGCACCUGUUUCUUUGGAUGAAUAUGACGAAAUCGAUGGCCAUGACAGCCAUAACAAUAACGAUACCGAAAGCAGUAAUAGUAUAUCAUUAACUCCAGAGCCAUUGGUCAGAGCCACUGCAGUUGUUACUUCAUUGGCAGUGCAAGAUGACGUACCAUCACUCGCUUCAAGCAUAAAUAGCAAAGAGAGUUUUGAUGGACAUCAUUCAGAUGAUUCAGGCAUAUCUGCCUCCUCAAGUCCGAACACAAACAAAAGCAGCAACAACAACAACAACGAAGUAUUCAAAAGUGUAAAUAAAGAGCAACGCUAUAUUGGUCCAAAUUGCUAUAAUAUGACACCAGAACCACCACAACAAAAACUAAUGACUCGUACAGUAUCCACACCACAUCUUGCUGUUACUAAGCCCAGACAAUUCGCUGUGAAUCCUGCACAUAAAGGCGUAAUGCAACGUUUCAUUGCUUCUCGUGGCAAAAUUCAACUCAACAACAAUGCUGCAGCUAAUAAAAUAUUUCUAAAUGGUAAAAGUGCUGCAGCUUUGAUGAAUUCUCCCAUCACAGCUACACCACCAAAUACACCGAUGAGUGCUGCUAUCAAUAUGCCAGCGGUCGUCCCAGAUUUCAGUGCACGCAAUCCAGCUUCUAUUGUCAUACCGACAGUCAGCAUGACUCCAACUGUAAUAGAGCGUGAUGCUGAAGGUAGACCCAUACGUCCUGGUUACGUAUCAGCCGAGGUUAAGAUUCAGCGUGAGUUAAAGGAUCUGAAGAAACGUGAGACCGAACUGAAGAAAAUUCGUAAAAUUCGACUAUCUACUCCAGAUUUACUGGACUCAAUAGAUAAUGAUAAUGUGGAAACCGACGAGGAAGAUGAGUUUGAAGUGGAACAUUGUUACGGCCCUAACAAAUUACGAUCAGCUAAGUCUAUUAGUGAACUGUGCGAGUUAUCACAUUUCAAUGGAAAUUUAUCACCAAGCACUACACCAAGUCCAGAUUUUGAUACUAAAUUGCAUUUUAGUCGAGGCAGUGGCAUGCGACCAGCCAUGUCAUUGGCGCAGCUAUGUGACUUGACUCCUGAAGAAGCACCGUCUUCACAUCGUCUAAUCGCACAAUGGGAAAACCUCAUACAGCAAAAUGCCUAAAUUUUAACUACUUCUACUACUGUUACUGCAAAGAUUCGAAGGGAGCUAAACGAGUGGAAGGUACCACAACAAUUUAGUUAUAUCACAGACCAAAUGUUAACUGCUGAAGAUGCAUGCUUCCUAUGCUAUAAAUAAAAGCAUGUCUAGUAUUAAUUUUAUAUCAAAUGCCUACUAUUUUCUUAAAAUUACUUUACAUUGAUUUUUUGUUAUAGUUUUUAAUUAAAUAAAAAAAAAACAUUACUUAUAACUUUAAGUAAAGGCAUUGCUAAAUAGCAAGCAAAAAAGUUAACUUAUUUAACUCAUGCUAGAAAUUUGAUUUUAAAAAAUAUCGCAUGCAACUUUUAUUUAGAAUUAUGCAUUGCUGCAUAUAGAAAAUUGUUUAAACAUUUCUGCAUGUUUUUGUUAGUAUUUUAUGAAUAAUUUAUCAACGAAUGAAAUUUAUAUUGUAAACUUUGCUUUUAAAAUAAAAUAUUUUUGCUAAAUUUUAUAUAAUCUGCAUUAUUUUAAAUAUAUCUACGUAUAUAUUAGUUAUAAAACUAUUGUAAAUAACUUCGGCUUCUGCUCUUAUACAACUAUGCAACUAUUCUUAUACAUACAUAUAUAAAUGUGAAUUAAAAAAAUAAAAUAUAAAAUUAUUUAU